UCUCUCUCUCUCUCUCUCUCUCUCUCUAUAUAUAUAGAUAUACACACACACAUACACACAAAGAGGAAAGCUUAACGUAAAGUGGGAAUUUUCAGUGGCUGUCAAUCUGUGACUGGUCCUUAUUGCACCAUCUGCGAAGAUCUGGGUAAUGUUCGCUUGUUAACUUGGAAAUCUAGCAGUCUCCACUUGUUCUUGUAGUUUUUUGGGUGUGAUUUAUCACUUAUUUGAAGGUAUUGUAAAGGUUAAACAUGGCUAAGAAUGGUGGAGAAGCGAGUGGGAGAACUUCGUCGGGGUUCCCACAGGUGGUUCUCAAUGAGAGGAUCCUUAAUUCAAUGUCCCGAAGAUCUAUAGCUGCUCAUCCUUGGCAUGACUUGGAGAUUGGACCAGGUGCUCCAUCGGUUUUCAACUGUGUUGUUGAAAUUGGAAAAGGCAGCAAGGUUAAGUACGAGCUUGACAAGACAAGUGGCCUUAUAAAAGUUGAUCGUGUUCUCUACUCAUCUGUUGUUUAUCCACACAACUAUGGUUUCAUCCCACGAACAAUUUGUGAAGACAGUGAUCCCAUGGAUGUCCUGGUACUGAUGCAGGAGCCUGUGCUACCUUGUACUUUCCUUCGUGCUCGUGCUAUUGGAUUAAUGCCUAUGAUUGACCAGGGUGAAAAGGAUGACAAAAUCAUAGCAGUAUGUGCUGAUGAUCCUGAGUUCCGCCAUUACAAGGACAUCAAGGAGCUUCCUCCACAUCGGCUUGCUGAAAUCCGCCGUUUUUUUGAGGACUACAAAAAGAAUGAAAACAAGAAAGUUGAUGUGGAAGACUUCCUGCCAGCUGAGUCUGCCAUUGAAGCCAUCAAGUACUCCAUGGACCUGUAUGCAUCCUACAUUGUUGAAAGCUUGAGGCAGUAACUUACCUGGAAACUAAGUAGAAUGGCCGUGACCCUUAAAUUAUGAUGGGUUGAUAGACUUCUUGCUGCAUGCCUGUCUCCCAAGUUUUAUAUCACUUGCAUAAAACAUUAGUAAUGUUGGUAUGAAUGGUGCUAAUGCCGCACCUUUAAUACUAUCAACUUUUCUAUAAAUGUCUGUAUUGGAUCCUGCUUCUGGGAAGAGAAAUAUUAAUUUGGGUUUAUUCUGUAGAGUUACAUUAUUUUGUUAGAUUCCUAUAUGAAUUAUUAUAAUGGUUAAUUAGUGAA